AUUGCUAUUCUUGGCCAAGAACCAGCAGCCGCACCCCCAUCCUAUGCGCGACGCCUCAUCUCUCUCCCCACCACCCUCGCGCGCGCGGGGGGCUCCUGAAUCCUCUCUCCUCCCGCUUCUCCGCCUUUCUUUCUCUCUCUUCGCAUCGACCUCCUGCUUUCCCUCCCAAGAAAACUGCGUGCCAGCCACCAGCGCGCGCGACGACAGGGUGCCGCCGCCAAUAUCACCCGCCGUCGUCAAGCGCUGGCGCCGGCGGGCUGGCUCCCCGGCACCGCCGUCCCGGACAUGGCCGGAGUGCCAUCGCUCGCGCGCCUCGUGUUGCUGGCCGGCUGCCUCCUGGUGCUCGCUGACGCCGCGCGGCUCCCGGCCUCCCUCGCGGCCGACGCCGACGCUCUCCUACAGCUCAAGUCCGGCAUCAAGAACGACACCGACGCGCUCCGCAGCUGGUCCCCCGGCACGAGCCCCUGCGAUGGCGACGCCUCCAACUGGGCGGGCGUCAUGUGCAACAAGGACGGCGUGCACGGCCUGCAGCUCGAGAAGAUGGGCUUCUCCGGCACGCUCGACCUGCUCCCUCUCAAGAGCCUGCGCGGCCUCCGCACGCUGAGCUUCAUGGACAACGAGUUUGCCGGCCCGAUGCCCGACAUAAAGGAGCUGGGGGGACUCCGGGCCAUCUUCCUGUCCGGAAACAAGUUCUCCGGAGAGAUCCCCGCCGACGCGUUCGCCGGGAUGGGCUCCCUCAAGAAGGUGUUCCUCUCCAAGAACAGCUUCUCUGGUCCCAUCCCGGCGUCGCUCGCCGAGGCACCGAGGCUCCUCGAACUGCAGCUCAAUGACAACAAGUUUCAGGGCAAAAUCCCUGACUUCCCGCAGAAGGAGCUGAAGGAAGUCAAUCUGGCAAACAAUGAGCUCGAGGGGGAGAUCCCGGCGAAUCUCAAAUCCAUGAAAACUGACAUGCUUGCCGGCAAUAAGAAGCUUUGCGGUGCACCGCUUAAUUCCAAAUGCGAGGCCCCGUCGUCCCCGCCGCCAAAAUCGUCGCCUCCGACCUCCGACAAAAUCGGGACCCAAACGUCGCCGCCAGCACCGCACGCCGCGACGUCCACGGGCGGCCCGUCAGCUGAUGACGCCGCGCAAAACGCUCGGGCGCCCACCGAGGGCUCGACGGCCCCCGGCGUCCUCGCCGCGUUCCUCGGCACGCUGGCGAUCAUCGGCAUCGCGUUCGUCGCACUGCAGAGGAGGCGGCAGUACAACACCAAGAACUUCGGUCCGGCCGUGUCGACAAAGACGUCGAUGCCGCCGAAGAUAGAGCCGCACCCGCCGCCGAAGGACGCCCGCGCGGCGCACGUCGCGCCGAGUGGCGGCGGCGACGACGAGGACCGUAGCAGACGCGUGGGCGGCAGCACGGUGCGGAAGGUGGAGCAGGGGCGGUUGACGUUCGUGCGCGACGGCAGCGGCCGGUUUUUCGAGCUGCAGGACCUGCUCAAGGCCACGGCGGAGGUGCUCGGCAUCGCCAACCUUGGCGUCUGCUACCGCGCCACCCUCACGAGCGGGCACUCCGUCGUCGUCAAGCGGUUCAAGGAGAUGAACCGGGUGAGCAGAGAGGACUUCGAGGAGCACAUGCGCCGGCUCGGUCGGCUCAGCCACCCCAACCUCCUGCCGCUCGUCGCCUACUACUAUCGCAAGGAGGAGAAGCUCCUCAUCCACGACUACGUCCCCAACAGGAGCUUGGCUAACCUCUUCCAUGGCGAGGGCCGCGGGUUGAAGAAGGCGGUGGUGCACUGGACGGCGCGGCUCAAGAUUGUGAAGGGCGUGGCGCGGGCGCUCAACUACCUGUACGACGAGCUGUGCAUGCUCACCGUGCCGCACGGCCAUCUCAAGUCGUCCAACAUCCUGCUCGACGGCCACUUCGAGCCGCUGCUCACCGACUACGCGUUCGUGCCGGUGAUGAACCAGUCGCACGCCGCACAGCUCAUGGUGGCCUUCAAGUCCCCCGAGCGGAAGCAGUUCGGCCGGUCCUCCAAGAAGAGCGACGUCUGGUGCCUCGGCCUGCUCAUCCUCGAGAUCCUAACCGGGAGGCCGGCGACCUACGACCCGCCAAAGGCGAUGGCGCCGGGGACAGAGCAGCAGCAGCAGCCGGAGCCGGCGGCGGGGAACGACCUACUCGGCGUUGUCAGCUCGACGCCGGAGGGGGAGUGGCUGGACACCGUGGUGGACCCGGACCUGAGGAACGAGGAGGACGAGAACAAGGAGGAGAUGGUGAAGCUGAUCAGGAUCGGCAUGGCGUGCUGCGAGGGCAACGUGGAGAGCAGGUGGGAGCUCAAGACCGCCAUCGAGAGGAUCGAGGAGCUCAAGGGGAAGGAGCUCGCGAACGAGGAGUACUCCUUCUACUCGUCAGUGAAUGACGAGGACUUCAGCAAUGUUGCCAUCAAUUGAUCGACAUGCAUGAACUGGGAAUCCAUUGGGACCGUGUUGUGUGCAUCAACUCAGCUCGAUAUAAGAUACGCAUGCCGACAGUCAACAUGAACUAGUAAUGUGUACUCUCUCUGUUGCCGAUGGUUAGACUCUGGAAAGAAAAGAAGUUACUUCUCAUAACACGAA